AUGAGCUUCACACUGCCCAUACUACCGCCAACUUCUCCAACAAGUCAGAGAAACAGAGAUAGUAGGAAUUAUUUUACAAACAGCUAUAGCCCCCCAGCUUCAACCGAAGCCAUCAAUGGCCCGGUGAGGCAGCGGACGAAAGAGCCGGCCCCAAUCAGUGAUCGGCUGAUUGUUGGCGUUGACUUUGGCACUACUUUCUCUGGUGUUGCUGCCGUAUAUACAGGAACGCCCGAUGAUGUAGAGAUUAUCAAGACCUGGCCGGGCGGCAAUGGCAUCACAUCCGACAAGGUCCCUACCGAGCUCUCGUAUGCAGAGGUCCCGGCCAAUGCGCCGCCAGGCGCCGCGCCGGUUGUGAAAUGGGGCUUUCAGUUCCGACCGGAAGAGUCGCGGAUACGAUGCGUCAAGCUCUUCCUCGACCGGUCCCAGAAGCUGCCCUUCUACGUCAACCCCAAGGAGACGGCCACGCAGCUGAAGAACAACAAGAAGACCGUCGUCGACGCCGUGAGCGACUACCUGACGCAGAUCUACAGGCACACCAUGGACACGCUGACGCGGCGUUACGGCGAGUCGUUCAUGGCGUCGACAAAGGUUGACUUUGUCCUGACGUGCCCGGCUGUGUGGUCGGAUGCGGCCAAGAACGCGACCCUCCAAGCGGCCGAGAGGGCCGGGAUGGGCGCCCAAUCGCAGAUUCAGAUGAUCAGUGAGCCGGAAGCCGCGGCCGUGUAUACGUUGAAGGCUAUCCAGCCUAAUCAUCUGAAGAUUGGAGACAACUUUAUUGUUUGUGAUGGUGGUGGUGGUACUGUCGAUUUGAUCGCAUACAAGAUCGUUUCACUAGGGCCGAUUCGGGUCGAGGAGUCUGCUGUUGGAACAGGUGGGCUUUGCGGAAGUGCUUUCCUCAACUACCGGUUUGAGGAGCACGUCAAGAACCGGUUGGGGGCUAGCCGGUUCGAGGAGGUCAAGACCAAGAAGGGCAAGUCAUGGCAGAUGGCGCUCAAGCACUUUGAGGAGUUUGUUAAACGAAACUUCAACGAGGAAGAGUAUCAGGAGAUUAACGUUCCAUUCCCCGGUCUCCCCGAUGACGAAGAAAUCGGUCUCGACUGCGGAUUCAUGAUAAUGACGGCGGCCCAAGUCAAAGGCAUCUUCGACCCCGUCGUCAAGGAGGUCUGCGACCUUGUCCAGGGGCAAGUCGACAACCUGCGCGGCAAAGGCCAGACCGUCUCGGGCAUCAUUCUAGUUGGCGGCUUCGGCCAGAGCGACUACCUCUACCGCAAGCUCAAGAGCCACUUCACCAGCACCAUGGCGCCGCCACCCUACACCGAAGUUCCGACGCAACAGGGCCCGCAUCUGACCGGGUCCCUCAUCGGGAGCAACAACAACUCGAUCGAGGUGAUGCAGCCCGUGUAUGCGUGGACGGCCGUCGUGCGCGGCGCGGUCCUGCGCGGGCUGGAGGGAAACAUGGUCAUCUCGCGCAAGGCGCGGAUGCAUUACGGGACUUCGUACGCGACGGUGUAUGAUGAGGAGAAGCACAGCGUUACCGAACGUUACUGGAGUCCCUUGUGGGAGAGGUGGAUGGUUAGUGAUCGGAUGCAGUGGCAUAUUGCCAAGGGCGAUACCAUAUCCCCCCAAAACCCCAUAGCCUUCCACUACACGCGCAACUUCCGCCCUGGCCAAUCGCUCGUGGUCACGGACGACCUGAUCGCGUGCGAGUCCGACGAGCCGCCCAAGUCGUACACGCGCGACCUGAUCAAGGUGUGCACGCUGACGACGGACCUGGGCGCGGUGCCCAGGAGUCUGUUUACGCGAUUGACGACGACCAAAGGGGUCGAGUUUGACAACCUCGACUUUACGCUCGAGAUGAUUGUCGAUAGUGCUGGGCUGGGGUUUGAGCUCAAGGUUGAUGGGGUUAGGUAUGGGAGGGUUGAUGCUGAGUUUGAUUAG